UCAAUCUUUAGUUCCCACCAACAAUAACAAAAAUGCUAAAUUUUCCACAAACAAAAGCUGAAUUGAAGCAACUUCAACAAUCCCUUCCAAUUGAGUUUUGGAUGGGAAUUUUCCCCAUAAAUCUUUACCAAGGGUUUUGGUGUCCGCUUCUUGAACCUACAAUCUCAUUUCAAACUCAUUUUCAGGCUCACGAUACCGAUAUAAUUCUAGCUAGCUUGCCUAAAACGGGCACUACUUGGUUAAAAUCCCUUCUCUUCGCGAUCGCAAAUAGGAACAAGUUUCAUGAUUUAUCUCAACAUCCACUUUGUACACAAAAUGCUCAUGAACUUAUUAUUCAAUUAGAGGCCAAAGGGUACAAAACAAUUAAGGGUACACAACCCGAUUUUACUAAAAUGCCCUCGCCUCGACUUUUUGCAACCCAUAUACCAUAUAAAUCCCUCCCAAACUCAAUAAAAACAUCAAAAUGUAGGAUCAUAUACAUUUGUAGAAAUCCAUUUGAUACUUUUGUUUCGUCAUGGCAUUUUUACCGUCAAUUUAACGUGACUAAUGGGUUAAAGAAGUUUUACCAUCAGUUAAGUUUAAAUAUGGGGUUAAAACAAUUUUACCGUCAGUUAAAAUUGAUCAUGGGUUUUAAGAAUUCUUAUGGUAAAUGCAAUGUGAGUAUGAUCGAGGAAGAUUUUGGUAGGUUUUGUGAAGGAAAAUUUCCGUAUGGCCCUUAUGAAGAUCAUGUUCUUGGGUAUUGGAAGGAGAGUAUGCAAAAUCCAGAGUUGUUGUUGUUUUUGCAUUAUGAAGACUUGAAGAACAACCCGAUAACCCAUGUGAAAAAGUUGGCAGAGUUUGUGGGUAACCCGUUUACGAAGGAUGAAGAAAAAGGAGGUGUAAUAGAUGAUAUAAUCAAACUAUGUAGCCUAGAGAAUUUGAAGGAAAUGGAAGUGAAUAAGAGUGGGAAUUUUUAUGGAUUUUUUAAUAACAAAACUUUGUUUAGAAAAGGAGAGGUAGGAGAUUGGACUAAUUACUUGACUCCUUCUAUGGUAAAGCAAUUUGAUAUUGUUUUUCAAGAAAAACUAAAAGGUUUUGGUUUUAGUUUUACACAUAGCAAGCACUUUUGUGAAGCUCCUAACUGAGUUUUAAACGUUAGUGGGAUGACUACAUCAACAAAACGUUUUCCUUCAUUUAAGAAUAUAUGCUUAACAAAGUGAAUUUCUUUAACUUGCAUGUAUGUUAUUUCCUUUUGAGUAUUAUAAGUAUGGAAAAAAAUGCAUAUAGUCAAAUAAAGUCAAGGCCAAUGAUCUUGCACCUUAAAUAAGUGUUUGCGCACCAACAAAGGGUAAGUUUGUGUGCACAUAGGCUAGGCCUUAUACAAUUCUCUAUAAUCCUUACAUACCAUAUUUUCCUCUCCUAUUCACAUUUAAUCAAGUACUCUAUUCUAUCAAAUCAUUUGAUUUAUUUGUUUUUUUGUACGUUAUUCAUUAAUUACUAUUUUGUGUUUCAUUUAUUCUCAAUCUAAAAGUUAAAAAAAAGUUAAUUGAAAUUUUGUUUGAUUUGUCUCGGUGUAAUUACUAUUAUCAAGUUUUUUGUAAUUUCAAA